CUGGUCAUGAUAUCGGUUUGGAUAUAUGAGGGGGAAACAUGAAGAUGAAACCAGGAGAUGUCCUUACUGAAUCAUCAGAGCUGAACAGCUUGAAAAUGAGUGAUUCAGAGGAUCCCGAGCUGGAGGAAGAGCUUCAGGCUGCUGACGAACUCCUUCAAGAUAUGCAGAAUGAUGCACAGAGUGAACCUCAGCCAAGACCAGUGCGCUGGAAAAAACGUGACAGACAGGGAGAUUUUAUUCCUCAAAGGCCAUCAACCAGUCGAAGUACUACUUGCAUGCCAGGUGUGUCCAGAGAUCAGCAUCAAUGUCCACGUGAAGAAACUAGUUAUGUUACCAGUGUCAACCCAACAAAAGUGUAUGGAACUGAGGUGCUUCGUCAGGAGCUCCUUCAGUUGUUGGAGGAUGGAGAAGAGGACGCAGCCAUGACUUGUGAGACGUCGUCUGAGUCAGCUGCUACUCACUGGGCGAUCAGAAAUAUGGUGUCCUCGCAAAAGUGGAAAGAGGCCAGGCCUUGUCUUAUAGACAAUAUGUUAGCUACUCUGGAUCCACAGUCACACCGUGUGUGUCAGUGUGGCAAACAAGUAGUUGUGAGGUGUCUGGACUGCCUGCCUCUUCCAUUCCUUUGUGCUGACUGUGAUAUUGCAGUUCACACACGCUUUGUCCUGCACAACAGAGAGGCAGUAACAGGAGGGUUUUUGCAGCCUUCAUCAGAGUUUCACAAGCCAAUUGUUCGGCUGUUGCCUGUCCAAAGGCCAGACCAUGUGUGUGACUGCCCAGCAGGUAACGUUGAGGUUUCACCCGGCUCAAUUGUGGCUCUUGUAACCAUAAAUGGCCGUUAUAACCUUGCACUGCCAGUGGUGAGAUGCACCAGCUGUGGCCUAAUGUGGUCCCCCUCAGUUAAGGACAUCCUGGGUAGUGGAUAUUGGCCUGGCACCUUAAAUUUCUGCACCCUGUUUUCAAUGGAUGUCUUUCAGUCUUUCUAUGACAUUAAGAAGGCUGCACCAGGGAUGUCACUUAAGGCAUUUGUCAAAAUGCUGGAUGAACGAACAGCCCAUUUUGGAAGGACUGGCCGAAUAUCAGCUGAUGCCUUCAGUAGAAGUUUCUUGGAGUGGAGUGCUGUAAAGUUUGAGGUGGACAGGAUGUGCAAGGAGCCAUGCUUUAGCUGCCCUGCCUGCACUCCAGACAUGCUUGCCGUCUCAGUUGAUGGAAACCGUAAGCUUUAUCGCUUUCAAUCUAAUGCAAGCACUUCAGAGCAGGGGAACUUUGAAGGUGUCUUCAUUGAAAAAGAUGAGGACGUUGCUGAGUUUGUGAAAUACAUCCAGAGACAUACAAAUCAUGUCCCAGGGAAAGGGUUGUGCGGAUCUUCAUCUUGGACUGCAGCAAAGGAGUCGUCCAAAAAGUCCACUGGGAAGUUGGAUGAAGAGGGCAUGGAAAUAGCUGUUUGUCGCCACGGAGUCCUCUUAGCUGCAUUGAACAUGUUUCGAGGGGAGAUCUUUGCUUACCCCCUUUUUCUCCAGAGGAAGUUGGCAGCUAACGUCCCAGGACAUAUUACGUUCCUUUGCUCCGAUGUGGCCUGUAAAUAUUUCCCCUAUUUAACCAAGGUGGCUCAGCAGUGCCCUGAGCUGAGGAACCUUUUGUCAAUGCGUCCUUUUCUCUCCGUCAUGCAUGCAAAGGCUCUCAUUUGGAAAUGCGAAAUCAAAUGGGGAGGUGCGUUUCAGGAUGGGGCCGGUUCAACAGUUGGAGAAGAGGUGGAACAAGUAAACAGUUUCCUGUCUAGGGCGGCCAUCACAACGAAGUACAUGUCUAAAGCAGAUCAUAAGGAUCCUUAGAGAACAAGUGGAGAGCCUGAAUGCGACCAAAAAUGAGCUGGGUGUGGAUGACGACACACUGCAGCAAUGGGUGGCCGAUGUGCAGAAAUGGG